AUGGCCACGACCAACAGCACAAGAACCCACCAACAGCGUUCGGCGCGCAAGCCUACGCGCGAGCCGGUUGUGGAGAUCCCCGACAGUGACGAGGAAGAUGGCAGCGACGGAGAGGUGGAAGAGGAGAGCUCUCGAGGGGCCUCAACCACCGCGCUGGUGGGGGGAAACGCGGGGCAACAACAGCUGGCCCUAUCCGAAGAUGAACAGGAGGAGGAGCAGGAGCAGGAACAAGAGGAGGAGGACGACGAUGACGAGGGCGAUAUGUGGGAAAACGAGUCCCUCCUCCGAGACGUUGUCGGGGACGGUAGUUCUCCGGUGAUCUUUGAGCCCCAUGAAGACGCGUUUUCAGCAGAGGAAGCAAAGGAGCUUCGACAGCUCCUACGGCGAGUCGGGGAACAGAAAUUCUUGGAACAGACAGUAAUGAGCAAGAGUGGAGCUAUCACUGCGAAAAAGCUCAUCACAGCUUUUGGGAUCAGGCCGCCAGAAUUCCUAGAAGGCUCGCCCGACCAUGUGUACUACAGGUUUCUACAGAUCGGUAUUGCGCGGGAGCUGGUGAAACGGACAAAGCUACCACAGUACAACACUCCCGAGGAUGUCAAGAAGCUUCUUCUUGAGUCAAAGAACAUAAUAGUUCUCACUGGCGCAGGUAUCUCAACAUCUCUCGGCAUCCCCGACUUUCGCUCCAAAGAAACCGGUCUCUACUCCCGUCUUGCCUCUCUUGGUCUCUCAGAUCCACAAGAAGUAUUUGACCUCGCUGUCUUCAAUGAUGACCCCACGAUAUUCUACUCCGUCGCCAAAGACAUUCUCCCCACCACCGAGAAGUUCUCCCCUACACACGCCUUCAUCGAGCUAUUACAGCGCAAAAACAAGCUACUCACCCAAUACACACAAAACAUCGACAACCUCGAAACGCUCGCCGGCAUCCACCCCUCCAAGCUGAUCCAAUGCCACGGCAGCUUUGCGACCGCCUCAUGCAUCAAAUGCCGCACGCGCGUCCCCGGGACCACCAUCUUCCCCGACCUCCGCGCUGGCAAGGUCGCGCGUUGCGAGGCCUGCCUCCUUGCCAACAAGACUGCUACAGCAGGCAGGAAACGCAAGCGCGGGCGGAGCGGCGAUACCUGGAAGAAGAAGCGGUACAGCGAGGACUCGAGCGCCGAGGAGGAGGAGUUCGAGUUCCGCGAGGCCGGCGUCAUGAAGCCGGAUAUAACCUUCUUUGGGGAGAUGCUGCCCGACACGUUCUACAAGCGUCUCAUGGAGCAGGACCGUGAAAAGUGUGAUCUCCUGAUCUGCAUCGGCACCAGUCUUAAGGUCGCGCCCGUGAGUGAGAUCAUCGGGUUGUUGCCUGAGCAUGUGCCGCAGAUCUAUAUCUCAAAGACGCCGGUAACCCACGUCGAGUUCGACAUCGACUUUCUAGGCUCAUGCGACGACGUAGUAGUCGAGCUCUGCCGCCUCGUCGGCUGGGAGCUGAAGCACGAGAUGAUACCCGAGGACCUGAAGGUCGACAUGGUCCUCGAGGAGGGGUACCCGAGCCGGUACAUCUGCACCCGGAAUGAAGAGCAAGAGCAGGACGAGGUCUCCUAA